GGGCUUACCGUUGCACUAUUAAGUCUCUAUCAAACCAUUCCCUCCACAUGCCUCCAGUCCCCUAUACCACAGUACCUAGAUUGAUAUGUACAAUCACCAUCGGACCUCGGAAGCUGCCACAGGCUCGGAACUCGGAACUGUGGCGCUCACCAGCCUCACGCCAAGGCCCAGCAGCCGAGGAAGGGAAGCGACAGCCAUGCCCAGACCCUGUCCCUCCAACAAAGUGGUUGAGUGUGGGGUGUCCGAAAAGUCGCCCCUCCGAAGGUUAACGACUUCCCCCCCUUGGGACUCUCACGACUGUCGCUCAACCACCCGUCCGGAGCCAUUGACCAUUCUCGCUGCUGGAUCCUCAUUCACUGCUCUUUCAGUCAUCAUCCACCACUAUCGCGGAAUCAUUGAGCGCACGCUUACCAAGAACUGGAUCAUUUCUAAGCAAACGUAUCCGCACGGGACUGCAGAACCCUCUUUCCGAGUCACUGUCACUGGCGCCUUUCUACAUUCGAAACGACGCAUAUCCGUAUAAAAGUAAGGAAGCAUUGGAAAGAGGCAGACAUUAUUCGGAGCAGGAGAAGAAGUUGCUACCCACCAUAUGACUGCAACACAAUCCAUCGCCGUCAACGGCACUACGACC